AUGAGUAAUCCACGUUGUGAACAGCAUCCACUUUUGUAUGAGGAACUAUCGGAAGAAGAACAGCUGAGCCCUCGCCUUAAGGCGCGACAGCGGUCUAUGGUGUAUCGAGGUUAUUCUAAAAAUAAAAUAAGAGGUGCAGCGGCCAUCUUCAAGCUUUGGCCAGAUCACUGGUCUUCUUCCCUUGCAUAUUGGUGGAUCGGACUAGGCAUGAUAGCUUUAGUGACAUUAAUUAUAUAUAACAGUGUAUCAGUGUUUGCACUAUUACCAUCAGAACACUUCAAAGAAAUUACAACACGUCUUAGAAAUAAUGAAAAAGAUACCACCAUCGCAAAAGAAAAUCAAGAACCUCUUAAUGUUUUUAUGCAUUUCUUCGUUGAGCAGAACAACGAAAUAGAUCUUAGCAGUUAUACGCCUUACAUAGAAACAAUUGCUAAUAAAUAUUCUGAUUAUUAUUAUAAAAUACUUAUUAUAACAAACGACACAAAUGUGGAAGCCAAUAUUAUAAGCGCCGAGGAAAAUAAUGAAAAUGCCCUUAAUUUAUUAUGGACGAAAAAGCCAGUACCCCAAUCUGUGAAGAAUAACAUUAACAUUCAACAUAUAACACUCUCAAAAUAUAUGGAAAACACACCACUUCGAAAACAUUGGAGACAUUUGCCAUAUCAAUUUAUAGAAUUUUUGACUCGAGCUGUAUCAAUUUGGGAUAAAGGCGGUAUAGCUUUUGAUCCCGUGAUUCUCACUCCUCUGUCACCGCAUGCUGUUUAUAUCGAGAAAUUACAAAAUAUUCUUCGAGAUUAUCAUCAUAUUCCAAAAAAAUGUUCUAAGAAUAUAAAAAGCAUAAAAAAAUCACACGAUAGUCCUAAGAAAAAGGUAAAUAACAUUCGUGAUAUUAUAGAUGCUUUGGAAAAGGAGAGCGAUGGGUGGUCGUCAACUGAACAAAGUCUAGAAGAAGCAGAAAAUAAAAAAGAAAUAGUUAUAACAAACAGUUUUCAAGGUACGUUAAAACAGUUGAAUGAAAAUAAACGUAAAAAUGAAAUUUUGAAGGAUUCCGAUACUAAUGUCGUAAGCACAACGCAGAUCCAUCCAACUAUUAACAAAAUACCAAAUAUAAAAGAAGAAGUCAAAUUUUCGUCACCAAGCCAUGACCAACAUAUAAUUCAAACAUCUUUAACUAACGAUUCAAAUAGCUUUGCACUUUUGCCCAUGUUCUUGGACUUUUUGUUUAAAAACAAGCCAUCUUCGGAAAUUGUAUAUUCUCACAAAGAAGAACCGUUUACGAAAUCUAGAAAACGGAAACAUGUUUUACCUUUAAAUGAAAAGAAAAAUAAAACCUCACAAAACAACAAUAAAAGUGAUAACUUAAAUCCAGAAAUUGUUUCAGCUAAUUUCACAAAUGACUAUUCCAAUCAACACACUGUUGAAACCAAUCAAAUUAAUAUUACGAGUCCGUUCACGAUUGACUUGAAUGGAAAAUUAAUUGCAUCUGUUAUUCCAUGUCAUGCUUUUUUAGGAACAAUUUUUAGUGAUUUAGCGCAUAACCAAGAAUCGUUAACAAACUUCAUUAUAAACGAACUUUCAAUAUUUUGUAAAGGAGUAUUGUCAUCAUGUAAUGGUAUCGAUGUAAUUUUGCUGUGA